AUGUCAGCGCAGGAUGAGAGUGAUUUGAAGGAUUUGAGCGGUAAUGUAGAUCAAUUGACAGAUGGGAUUUCAUCUGCGGAGGAUAUUAGUGGUACAGAUGGUGCAGAUGUUACAGAUGGUGUAAAUGUUACAGACGGUGCAGACGUUACAGACGAUACACCUAAACAACCUUCAACAGGAUCACAAGUUGGAUCAUUCUUUAUUGGUUUGACCAUUAUCUUCAUAGCAUCAUUGAUGAACUCAAUUGGUCUAAAUAUCGUUCAAAAGGAUCAUUUACACAACCAAUCUCUCCCAAAAGUCUCUCAAAGGCGUGAUUUGAAGCGUCCUCUUUGGAUUCUUGGUAUGUCGCUGUAUAUCAUAUCUCAGCUACUUGGAUCAACUCUUGCGCUGCAGUACAUGAGAGCAGAAUUCGUUGCUCCUUUGGGUUCUAGCAAUCUCAUUUUCAACUUUUUGAUAGCAAAUUACAUGCUCAAUAUUCCUAUCACAAAGCGUGAUAUUCAAGGUACCCUUCUCAUCGUCCUUGGCGUUAUUGGUAUCGUUAGCUUCGGUAGCGUCAACGAUGGUAUCAGCGAUAUGCUCGAUAUAAACGUCUUGAUUGACCUUUGGGGUCGUGUGGCUUGGCUUUUGUGGUUCUUUUUCCUCGUUUUCGUUACGGUUAGUGUCUAUGUUAUUGGUUUAGAUUUAGAGAAGGUCUCUGUUAGAAGAGCUGAUGAAAGCGGUAACAAAACACCUACUUCAAAUCACCCACCAAACUUAGGGCAUCUUAAAUCAUUGCUCUACAAUUGCAGAGGCUUUUUCACUGGUAUCAGAGCUAAAGUUUUCAAUUCACUGGAAAACUUGGUCGGUAGUGUGCCGGACGCAUCACUUAAACGACUCGUCGGUUUAGUUUGGGCUAUUGAAGGUGGAAUAAUGGCUAGUGAAUGCCUCAUUCUCGCAAAAGCUACUGUGAAGCUUGUAUCCACUCAGCUUGCUCACAAUGAUGCCUCUAAUCAGUUUGCCCAUCCACUCUUUAUUUUGACUGUUCUGUUACUGGCGAUGACGGCAAUUGGUCAAAUUAUUUGCCUAAACAAAGCUUUAGCGUUAUUUGACACUACUAUGGUCGUCCCUAUUUUCUACGGUUUAUAUACUUCAAUUGGAUUUAUUAAUACACUAAUUUUUAUGAAUCAACUGAUGGCAUUUAGAGCAUGGGUUCUGUGGUGUAUUGGGCUGUCAACAAUGCUUCUCCUAGGUGGAGUGUUCCUGCUUUCCGCCAAGAAGCCGUCAAGUGAGAAACCGAAAGAAGAAUCAACGAAUGAUGAGAUACCGCUGAACGCAACGAGGGCAGAUGGAGAAAUAGACGUCGAAGCAUCUCGAGGUAACAAGAGCGAUGAUGAGGACUAUAACGAUGAUGAUGUCGUUUGGGAUAUUGGUGAAGCUAGUGAUGAGGACGACAUUGGAGAUGUGAGCAAACCUUUACGCAAGCAGCAACCAGAAACGCAAUCAGAUCCAAAUUCCAAUACAUAA